GUUUUAUCUUCCAGAUACGAUUGGUUUAUUCUGGUGCCGCCUCAAUUGAUUGGUCUGCUUACAUUCUCAGCUGUGAUUGGUGGGGAGCUGUGUCAGUUAGUCAGUGGAUCUGCGGCCAUGUUGACGGAGUGUAAAGAGUUUGUACCAUGGCAACAACAGGGAAAAUGGUUUCUUCUCGACUGCCGCCUCUUCCCACCAUUGGAGAAAUUAUCAAGUUAUAUAAGCUAAGAGCUAAAAAGCAGCUAUCUCAGAACUUCUUGUUGGAUUUAAGAUUAACAGACAAAAUAGUUCGGCAUGCUGGGAAUCUGAACAACUCCCAUGUUUGUGAAGUGGGCCCAGGCCCAGGUGGCAUUACUCGAUCAAUUCUUAAUGCUGGCAUUGCAGAAUUACUUGUGGUUGAAAAAGAUACUAGAUUUAUUCCUGGUUUACAGUUGCUGGCUGAAGCAGCAGCCCCUAGGAAACUGCGCAUCGUUCAUGGAGAUAUUCUGACCUACAAACUGGGAAGGGCUUUUCCAAAGCAAUUUCAAAAUGAAUGGGAAGGUGACCCACCAAAUGUGCACAUCAUUGGCAACCUUCCUUUCAGUGUUUCAACACCUCUCAUUAUCAAAUGGUUGGAGAAUGUUGCAAAUCGCAAUGGACCAUUCGUCUUUGGGAGAACACAGAUGACACUAACAUUUCAAAAGGAGGUUGCAGAGCGUCUCACAGCAAGUACAGGCAGUAGGCAAAGAAGUAGACUGUCUAUAAUGGCUCAAUACUUGUGUAAUGUAAAGAGCUGUUUUACUAUACCAGGCAGAGCCUUUGUUCCAAAACCUAAGGUUGAUGUAGGAGUUGUGCACUUUGUGCCUUUGGUGCAACCACAAAUUAACCAACCCUUUAAACUGGUGGAAAAAGUGGUGAGACAUAUCUUCAGCUUUAAGAGAAAGUACUGCCGAAGAGGAGUUGAAAUUUUAUUUCCUGAAGCUCAGAGAUUACAGCUAACAGAACAAAUGCUUUGUCUCGCUGAUGUCGACCCAACACUCCGACCAGGUGAACUUUCUAUACCUCAGUUCAGGGCUCUUUGUGAUGCAUAUUACCAACUGUGCAGUGAAAACCAAAAUCUUUUCAAUUACAACUUCAGAGAAGAAUUACAACAGAAGAAGCUCUUCCAUUAACGGAAAUAAUCACGAGGAGUGUGCUAUAAGUGAAGGUUAAAACAUCUAAAACCUGGAUCUUUGUAUUAGUUACUAAAACUACAUCAAAUUGACAUUCAAUAAAAAUACCCUCAAUCUGCUUUGACAUAUAAUUAUUACCAUCUUUCAAAUAAAAUGCUUCCAUUGGAA